CGGGCCAAGAUGGCGGCGUCGAGUUAGAAAGCGGCGGACGGCGCGACGGCUGCUGAGGCGACGGCCGCGGGGAGGACGCAGCGGCGGCGGCGAGGAGGAGGAGGGCGGCGGAAGAAGAAGAAGCGGAGGAGGAGGAGGAAGGGAAACGGCGGCCGGGAACCUUCCCGACGGGGCCUUCCCGACGCGGCCAGAAAAUGGUGGAACCAGGACAGGAUCUUUUGCUUACAGCUUUAAGUGAAAGUGGAAUUAGUCCAAAUGACUUGUUUGAUAUCGAUUCUCCAGACAUGGGCCUCGCAACUCCACCUCCAGCGAUUCAGCAGCAACCACCUUCCACCACAACCUUUGUCCUGAAUCAAAUCAAUCAGCUGCCUACUCUGGGGACGACCAUCGUCAUGACGAAAACGACCCCCGUGACCAGUACCAGACAGACCAUCACCGUAGCAAAAAUCAUACAAACCAGCACCACCACACGGCCCUCGGUGACGGUGCCCGUGGCGCGCAACACCCUGACCACCCCCUUGCCCAAGGACCAGAUCCAGCUGAAAGAUCUCCUCAAGAACAACAGUCUUAAUGAACUGAUGAAACUGAAGCCUCCGCCCAACAUCGCCCCUCCUGUGGCGACCGCGGCGACUGAUAUGAGUAACGGUGCUGUUAAAAAGGAGACUUCAACUAAAGAGGUCACGAGGAUCUGGGUAAACGAUCUAAAAAUGAGAAGCUUCUCUCCUACCAUGAAAGUGCCCGUCACAAAAGAGGAAGAAGAACCAGAGGAAGAGGAUGAAGAAGAAAUGGGCCACGCAGAGACCUAUGCCGAAUACAUGCCCAUAAAAUUAAAAAUCGGCUUGCGCCAUCCUGAUCCGGUGGUAGAAACCAGUUCCCUCUCCAGCGUGACCCCUCCUGAAGUAUGGUACAAAUCUUCCAUUCCGGAAGAAAGCAUCGACAGCGGUUGGCUGUCAGCCUUGCAGCUUGAAGCAAUUACUUACGCAGCACAGCAACACGAGACAUUCCUACCGAACGGAGACCGAGCUGGCUUCUUAAUAGGCGACGGUGCCGGUGUAGGGAAAGGAAGAACCAUUGGUGGCAUCAUUUAUGAAAACUAUCUCUUGGGUAGAAAAAGGGCAGUGUGGUUUAGUGUUUCAAACGAUCUGAAAUACGAUGCUGAAAGGGACUUGAGAGAUAUUGGCGCCAAAAACAUUUUGGUCCAUUCAUUAAACAAGUUCAAAUAUGGAAAAAUUUCUUCCAAGCAUAAUGGAAGCGUGAAGAAGGGGGUCAUCUUUGCAACUUAUUCUUCACUUAUUGGGGAAAGUCAGUCUGGAGGAAAAUAUAAAACCAGGCUCAAGCAGCUUCUUCAUUGGUGUGGAGACGACUUUGACGGAGUGAUAGUGUUUGACGAAUGCCACAAGGCUAAAAACCUUUGCCCGGUUGGCUCUUCAAAACCAACGAAGACAGGCUUAGCUGUUCUGGAACUGCAGAACAAGCUUCCAAAGGCCAGGGUUAUUUAUGCUAGUGCCACGGGUGCUUCAGAGCCCCGGAACAUGGCAUAUAUGAACCGCCUUGGGAUCUGGGGGGAAGGGACCCCAUUUAGGGAAUUCAGCGACUUUAUCCAAGCAGUUGAAAGAAGAGGUGUGGGCGCCAUGGAAAUAGUUGCCAUGGAUAUGAAGCUAAGAGGAAUGUACAUAGCCAGGCAGCUGAGCUUCUCAGGGGUCACCUUCAAAAUAGACGAAGUUCAUCUUUCUCAGCACUACGUCAAAAUGUAUAAUAAAUCUGUGAAAAUGUGGGUAAGUGCCAGGGAGAAAUUCCAACAGGCGGCUGACCUCAUUGACGCCGAACAGCGCAUGAAGAAGUCCAUGUGGGGCCAGUUCUGGUCUGCCCACCAGAGAUUCUUUAAAUACCUCUGCAUUGCAUCCAAAGUCAAGAGAGUGGUGCAGCUGGCCCGGGAAGAGAUCAAGAACGGCAAGUGCGUGGUCAUCGGGCUGCAGUCCACAGGAGAAGCCAGGACUUUGGAAGCUUUGGAAGAAGGUGGCGGGGAACUGAAUGACUUUGUUUCCACAGCAAAGGGGGUGUUUCAAUCCCUCAUUGAGAAACAUUUCCCAGCUCCCGAUCGGAAGAAACUUUUCAGCUUGCUGGGAAUCGACCUGUCUCUCCAGAGUAACCACAGCUCUCCUCGGGACAGUCCUUGCAAGGAGGAUAAAGUAAAGAAGCGUAAAGGGGAAGAAAUGACGAGGGAGGUCAAGAAAGCCCGUAAGACCGGCGGCCUGGCCGGGAGCAGUUCUGACGAAAGCUUCAGUGAAUCGGAGGCCUCGGAGAACGAGGAGAGCGACAACGAGAGUUCUCACUUUUUAAGUUCCGGAGACGACGAUGACUUCAACCCUUUUAGAGACGAAUCUAGUGAAGAUGAUGAGGAUGACCCUUGGCUGAUCCGGAAAGAACAUAAGAAAAAUAAAGAGAAGAAAAAGAAGAAGAGCAUAGACCCCGAUUCCAUUCAGAGUGCCUUACUAGCAUCUGGCCUCGGAUCCAAAAGGCCAAGUUCUCUCUCCUCCACAGUAGUAACCCCUUCUACAAAUGUCUCUGCACCCAGUAACACAAACACCAGCUACGUGACGAGUCAGGAUGCCGUGGAAAGGGCCCAGCAGAUGAAGAAAGAAUUGCUGGAUAAACUGGAAAAGCUUUCCGAAGAUCUCCCUCCUAACACGCUGGAUGAACUCAUCGAUGAACUGGGAGGCCCUGAGAAUGUGGCCGAGAUGACAGGUCGCAAAGGAAGGGUCGUGAGCAACGACGAUGGCAGCAUCUCCUACGAGUCAAGAUCUGAACUUGAUGUCCCUGUGGAAAUCCUAAAUAUCACCGAGAAGCAGAGAUUCAUGGAUGGAGAUAAGAACAUCGCCAUCAUCUCCGAAGCCGCCAGCUCAGGCAUAUCUUUGCAGGCAGAUCGAAGGGCCAAAAAUCAGAGAAGGAGGGUACAUAUGACCCUGGAGUUGCCCUGGAGUGCCGAUCGAGCAAUUCAGCAGUUUGGACGAACUCACAGGUCCAACCAAGUGACUGCCCCGGAGUACGUCUUCCUAAUUUCUGAAUUGGCGGGAGAACAAAGAUUCGCCUCGAUUGUUGCCAAACGGCUGGAGAGCUUGGGAGCUCUCACCCACGGAGAUAGAAGAGCAACAGAAACUAGAGAUUUGAGUAGAUUCAACUUUGACAACAAGUAUGGCCGAAAUGCAUUGGAAAUAGUCAUGAAGUCCAUCGUGAAUUUGGAUUCCCCGUUAGUGUCUCCGCCAGCAGAUUAUCCAGGAGAGUUUUUUAAAGAUGUUCGACAAGGUUUGAUAGGAGUCGGCCUAAUCAACGUCGAAGAUCGGUCUGGAAUUCUUACUCUUGACAAAGAUUAUAACAAUAUUGGGAAAUUCCUGAACCGGAUCUUAGGCAUGGAAGUCCACCAACAGAAUGCUCUAUUCCAGUAUUUCUCAGAUACGCUAAACGCAGUCAUCCACAACGCGAAGAAGAACGGGAGAUACGACAUGGGCAUAUUAGAUUUGGGAUCGGGAGAUGAAAAAGUGAGGAAAGCAGAUGCUAAAAAAUUUCUAACUCCAGGCUAUUCUACCUCCGGACACGUCGAACUAUACACUAUAAGCGUGGAGAGAGGCAUGUCUUGGGAGGAAGCAACUAAGCUUUGGAGUGAACAGCGCGGGCCAGAGGACGGGUUUUAUUUAUCGCUUCAGAUACGAAAUAGUAAGAAAACUGCCAUCCUCAUGAAAGAGGUGAACCCCAAAAAGAAGCUUUUCCUGGUUUACAGGCCAAAUACCGGAAAACAAUUGAAACUGGAAACCUACUCUGAAAUAAAGAAAAAAUAUAAAAAAGUAUCCUCUGACGAUGCUGUGGCUCAUUGGGUAGAACAGUACACCUCAUCGGCAGACACAUGCACACAUGCUUACUGGAGAGGCAACUGCAAAAAGGCCGGUCUGGGCCUCGUUUGUGAAGUUGGCUUGCGCUGCCGGACCUAUUAUGUCCUCUGCGGUUCUGUCUUGAGCGUCUGGACAAAAGUGGAAGGGGUCCUUGCCUCCGUGAGCGGCACAAACGUCAAAAUGCAGAUUGUUCGCCUGCGGACUGAGGAUGGCCAGAGAAUUGUAGGCUUGAUCAUUCCAGCAAACUGCGUGUCUCCCCUCGUCAACCUCCUCUCGACUUCGGAUCAGUCGCAACAGCUGGCCGUCCAGCAGCAACAGAUUUGGCAACAGCACCAUCCGCAGAGCAUCGCCCACUUCAACAACGCAUGAGACAGACCCCCGUGGUAUUUCGGCUCGACCGCCCCUAAGCGUUGCGCUUUCGAUUUUUAUUUCUUUUUUGGGGGCUCCUCCUCCUCCUCCUCCUCCUCCCCCUCGUUUUGUUUUUAUUUUAUUUUAUUUUAUUUUUGUUCCUUUUUCUUGGUUUGAACGAUCAGGGACAGAUUCCAAAGAAUUAAGUUUUCAGUUCCGUCAUGCCGACUUGACUUUACAACUCCGCGGAAGGGAAGAGGAGGCACAGAAGAGAGGCCAAGACCGAAAGCUCAGCUUUGCUUUACAGCGGUCACAUCAUCAUUCAUCUUUUUUAUUAUUAUUAUUGUUAUUUUUUUUAAAAAAAAAUUCUCCAGGCUUUUGUAGCCCUGCUUUAGGAACACAUCUACACACAUUCUUCUACUUAAGCGACAACCGCACCCAGUCAGUUUGGAAGAUUUUUUUCCCCCGAACCUGCUUGUCCCUUCCUUCCAUUUACUCAUUUGACGCUCAGGGUUGAACAUCGGGGCCAUGCUGCGGGAGACGUCCUACUUGGAAACUGUAUAUAUAUGUAUGUGUAGAUAUAUAUAUAUAUAAAAAAAAUAGUGGCCGCCACAGAGGUCCCAAAUUAUAUUAAAAAGUACAUUUUAUUUAAAGAAGCAGCAUGAAAGCCUAGAUGUUCGCAACCUGUUUUUUUAAAGGCAGUGUCAACUUUGAGGCUGCCCAUCAUGUCUCGGGGUACGGAAAGCCAGCGGGGAGCGAGAGAAAGGGACGGUCUCAUCCUUAGAAUUGCAUUUCGAUAUUUCCCCCCCCCCCCCGAAACUUUCAAAAAGUGAUUGUAUUUUUUUCUGGAUUAUAUAUAUAUAUAUUUGAAUCUUCCCUGGAUAUUUUUUUUCCCUCCCUCCCUCCCUCCCGCAUUCCUUUCUUCUCCUUUUUCGGGCUUUGCGUAUCCCGUGUGCUUGUACAAUGAAGCCAUCUUAAGUUUUUUUUUUUAAAAGAAGUUCCUUUUUUUAAAAAAAAAUAUAUAUAGGUUAAUGGCGUUCCUAAUGCCCCUCCCCUUCUCUGUCCAAAGUUUCCUUUAUUUUUCAGGAAACUAAAGUGCACAUUUUUAAUUUUUCCAAUUCCCACCGCAGUCCCCUUUCUACUUUUUUUUUUUUUUUAAGUUGGUUUCUGUUGUUGUUGUUAAAUACCCUUUACUUGAGCUGUAGACUAGAUGGGGAGGAGGCAGCCCAAUACGAGAGUCCCGGCUUCUGUGCUGGGUUGGUUUUCUUUUUUUAAUUUUUAUUUUUUUUUCUGUUGCCCCCAUAACUUAAAUACUUCCUGUUUUACGUCUGUAAGACAUUGUAGAGUUUAUCCUGGAACUGUUUAAAAACUUGUAUAUGUACAAAAUGUGAAUAGUCACUUAUCUAAGAAUAUGGGUAAGGUUUUGUUUUUUUUUUUCUUCGUUUUGUUUUGCCUAUAAUAGUAGAUGUUUAUAAGUGAAGGACAAUGUUUGUCAUAUUUCUUGCUUGCACAGGUUGCACUAUGAAACAUUUUGAGAUUGUAUAAACCUGUCCACCCCGCCCUGCAAGGUAUGCCGAGAUCUUGCAAGGGAUCAAAUUAAAAAGAAACAAAACAAAAAAAAAAAA